AUAGAGCGACGCGGUUCGAACCCGAACUCUGGGAGCGGUUUUUACGUAGCGCGAUCUGGGUUUUGUCUCUCAGUCGAUUUAGGGAGGCGUACCCCGUUUGGCAAACCUUUCUUUCUACCUAGAGAAAUUGUCCAGAAAUUGUUCUAUUUUUUAAAGUUUCAGCGACACGUGCCAUGAAUACGCUGUGAAUCGAUCAAAGACGCCAAAAUGCAACGUGGUAGCUGUGCAAUUUUAGCCCUGUUGACUGCAGCUUUAGUUGCAUCUAUUGGGUUAGCAAGGGCAGACGAAUGUAUAACUGGAUUCAGUGUGGUGGCUCCCGAACUAGCUGUCCCAGGAAAAACAACUGCCGUUUUUGUGACUUUCAACAACCCUUCUGUACCCAAACAACCCUUAAAUGUCACACUCCGAUUGCUGGGUAACUCCCAAGGGAGUUACGAGAACACAAACCCUCCAAUGGUCGAAGUAACUGAAGAAAUCAAAGGUCACGGUAUCCUUACACUGCAAGUGCCGGCGGACGCCACUGGCAGCUGCAUGCUGCAAACGCUGAUCAAUUGUUCGGUGUCGAGCGAGGGCAGUGGCGUGGAAGAGGACGGGAACUGCGAGCUGAAAAGUUCAUCAGAAGUGCGACUGGUCGGACCCGUCAGGGACGUCAUCGUUAGACCGGCAAAGCAUGCGUACAGGCCUGAAGAAAUAGUCUCAUUUUGGGUCCUCGCGUUGGACCAUGAUCUUCAGAUUGCAUCAGGUUCAGUUGCCACUGUGAGCGUGAAGGAUCCUCAAGGCACCAAAGUUGCCAUUUGGGAUCAAGUCCCUCUAGAUGAAGGAGUUAAGGAGUUCAGUUUACCUCUAAGCCCGUACGCACUCAUUGGACGUUGGUUGGCAUAUGUUGAGGUAGAGCAAGCUGAGUUCUACGCCUCAUUUGAGGUAGCACCAGGCGCUGGUGGAGGUACUCCAGAUGUCUCAGUCGCCGAAGAACACUACGUGGAACUACGUUUCGGCAAUGAGAUGCGCAGGAGGUACAAACCAGGUCUUCCAUUUUCAGGAAAGGUUGAAGCUAUGAGUACAGAAAAAUCUGUCAGAGUACGUGUCAAAGUUUAUGACAACACUACAUCAAUCUAUUCUCAAGAUAUCGAGAUCUCUAAUGGCGAAGGAACGUUUGUAGUGCCUGCUAUAUUGGCUGAUAGUGAUAUUAUAGCACUUCAGGCUGAAUUGGUGUCCGUAGAAAGCAAAGAGAUAGAAAGCCAUUAUGUACUAGCAAGAGAACCCAUCCACAAAUGGAAUUCAUCCUCAGAUUGCUAUCUCUUGGUAGAAGGGGUAGAACAUACCCUACAGCCUGAAGAGUCAGCCUACGUCACCAUCCUGUCGACGUGUCCCUGCGAAAAGGACAUGCACUACGUCAUCACGACGGACGGUAGGAUUACGGACUGGGCUCAAAAAAGACACGAGGAGCUUACUUUGUUACCCAAGCCCACCGGCGAUACUAGCGCCACCUGCCGGCUUAGCUUUAGUUUUAUUGUCAAACCCGUCAUGGCUCCUGUCAGUCAACUUCUUGUUUACUACGUCACACCACAGGGUGAACCUGUAAGUGACGUGAUCAGCUUCAACGUCAAACUGUUCAACAAACAGGUCUCAGUCAACAUAGAAGAUAGAGAAUACUGGCUAUCAGAUCAAUCUGUUGACCUGGAAAUCAUUGCCGAGCCUUCUUCUUUGGUGUGUCUGCUUGGUGGUAGAGCCAGUUCAACCGGUGACCUCAGAUUUGAUCCUAGAAUAAGUGAAGAACCUACACCUUCUCCUAUAACUGGAGAAGUAGAUUUCUUGGAGGCAGGAGUAUCCUUCUUCCAGAGACAAUGUGCCAGAAGAGGGAAUUCGGGAAUGUCGGCCAUAUCCUAUCGGCAAAGAGGAUCAGGUGCUGGACCAUCUGGAUCAAGAAGGAGACCACCAGAGAGUCUAGUGGGAGGAUCGCCUCUGGAUCAGUUGUGGAUGUGGACAUGCUUCAAUUACUCAUCGGAAACUUCCUCGACAGAAUUAUCGAUAACAACUCCCAAAGAAGCGGGAAAAUGGACGAUCUGGGCGCUGACAGUUUCCAGAGCCGGACUCAGGUUUUCCGCGCCAGUAAAACUACAAGUUUUCCGGCCAAUGACUGUUGAGUUUCACAUGCCUCCAAGUUUAAGAGUUAGAGAAACACUAGAAGUGGAUAUCAAAAUCGGAAACAACAUUAACUCAUGCAUAGACGUUACUGCCCUUUUGGCUUUGAGCGAAGGAGCCCAAUUUGUUAGCAAUGGAUUGCUCUACGUCACUGAACGACUAAGAUUAGGACCUCAUGGGGCAACAUCGUUGGUUGUUCGAGUCACAGUAACUACACCUGGAUCUAAAAAUAUGACAGUGGAAGUGAACGGAUACACCAGCUCUACCUGCGAGGGCCUGGAAAACGUAAACAACAACACACUUUCGGGGGCAGUGAUGCAUUCCCGAACGUUCCAGGUUUAUCCAGAGGGAGUGGAACGUGUACACACCGAGAGUUCUUAUUUCUGUGCCAACGAAAAUCUAGUGGUUUCUACCACAGACAAUUACAAAUACGAAUGGAUAACAGCUCCAAAGAACCAUGACAGCAUCAUCGUAGAGAUCAAACCAACCAAGUCGCGCAAUUUAGGACCUGUGCACUUAGCCCUGGCUGAGAACAAGAACAAACUUGACAAGAUGUACAGAAUAACGAUAGGAGAUGCUCAAAAUAGCGUCAGCCACAUUGGAAGAGGCAAACACAAUUAUGGUAUUCAAUUAAGUUCUAUUCAAACUCCUAAUGUACUGGGCGAAGAUGUCUGGAAGUCUUACUGGAUUUCGUGGGACAAAACAAUGAUAUCUUUCGGAAAUGGAUCAGUACCCCACAACAACACGUUGCUGACUUGGAAGAUGGACAAAAAAGUUAAAAUAAAAGAAAUAGGAUUUGCCUCUGCGUGGGGUGCUUUGGCAGAAUUUAGAGUGUGGAAUUUCAACGACGAAUCUGGAUAUAGCCAAGUCCUGCAUCUGGAUACGCCCAAAAACGUGGUUCCUGGAUCUGAAAUUGGCCAGCUAACAAUUUCAGGCGGUCUGGCAAUGCCACAGAUUAAUAAAAUAGCUGGAGGAGGACUCACAGCUUCUCUGGCCUCUCUAACACCGUUGCUAACAAUUGAAAACCAAGACAAAAACAACGAUUCCAGUAAAUUUGACUUAUUCAAAUUGUUACCAGAAAAAAUACAGUCAAUAUUGUCUUUUAAAAAGGAAGACGAUUCGUUUAGUGAACAUCCGAUGUUCGGUAGUCACAAGGCAACUGUGUCAAUUUUAGAAGUACUGUCAAAAGUACAGUUGUAUUUCAGCAUUGAUCCUGAUUUGAUUCAAGCCGUGAAGCGUUGGAUUCAGCUGCGUCAGGAAGAUGAUGGCAGGUUCACACCCCUGGAUGCUGACAUCAAAUUUUCAACUACAAACAGUAGUUCUUAUGGUAUACCUCGAAAAAAUAUCACUCCUGAAACAUUGCGAUUCGAAAGUGUUGUUGAAAUCACUGCAGAAACUGUAAUAGUCCUUUACGAGAUUGGAAUUGAGACCGAUACGGAUUCAGAUACGCUACAAAAGGCAAAAAUAUUUCUGGAAAACAGUCUGCCUAAUGUGGAGUUUCCCGAAACAAUGGCUGCUGUAACCCUAGCUUUAGUUUUGGUGCGAAGCGCCACAGCAGCUUGGGCCAUAGAAAAACUGAGGAAUGCUUCAACAACUGAAGCUGGCGAGUUCGGUUGGCCAAGAUUCGCUCCGAAAAGAGACGCAGCUGAUUGGCUAUACGAGUCAGAGUCAGAAAAGACUUUAAAGAUGCCUUUAGUCACCACUGUAGAAGAAUACAAGGCUUCGUUGUACGCUCUGUCAACUUUUUGCAUCAUUGGGGACCUAAAAAGUGCCCAAAGUGUGGCAAGGUUCUUGUUUUAUCGUUCCCAUAUGCUCGACAAUCACUACGAACUUCUGUAUCCCGCUGUCAAAUCCUUUGUGGAGUACGACACUCUAGCCAAGGAUCAACAAAGGUCGCUGACUAUUUCUCUAGCAACCUCCGGCAUGGAACUCACAGAGACUCUUGAGCUAAAUUCAAACAAACCAUCACAAACCUUAUAUUUACCCAGUCUACCAACCAAGGUGUUUGUUUAUGCUACUGGAGCAGGCUGUGCAACUAUAGAGGGUAAAACAUCAUAUUCCACGUAUUCUGUGAACAGUAAGACGGAGCUUCUGGAAAUAGGGUCUGAAGUGGUAGAAGAAAUUCAGCCUGAUCGCAGUUCAAUAGAAGAGAUCGAAGGGAAACCGCCCACUUUAAAAAUACAAACAUGCCUCAAGUGGAAAGGUGACAAACCCUCUGGAGUCCUCCGUAUGGAAGUCACCCUCUUCUCCGGCUUCGAGAUCACUCCCAACCCUCCGCAACUUCUCAACCCGCCCAGAGAAAUGGCGGAAAUGCAACACGGCAGUCACGCAAACACACUCUGGUUCGUCUUCGCCAACAUCUCCGUCACCUGUCCAGUCUGUGUCCAGUACAACGUCCGCAGUCCAUACGUCAUCACAGGACGCAGACCGGCUUAUGCCCGGGUCUAUCCCGUCACUAGACAUGAUUUAGCUGCCGAGACUUUCUUCCAUGUUCAAGGGAAGAGCUCUAUGUUGAGUUCAAUCACUACAGAUGAUGUGAUCACUUGGUUUGGGGUUGAUGGGAUUGGGAGUACUGGUAUGGUUAUUCCUGAUGAAUGCAUGAAGAAAUUGGUGCGAUUGAAUUCGACCAAAGAUGAAACUACAUCAAGUAGUGUAACUUUUGUCACAAGAUCACCAGAGAAGGUUAAUUUUAUUAGUUUAGCUACUAGAGCUUUUGAAAUUGAACAAAAUUUGAGUGCCGAAAAUAAAAACAAAGAUGUCUUUACCACUGAACGACCUAGAGCUUCAACAAUCGUUCCGGAAUCAGACGAAGAAUACAUAACUACCACUGAACUAAGCGAGGUGGAUAGUGUAAAGAAAGUACUUCUGGGUCAAGUCAAAACAAGUCCCGUAAAAUUGAAAAUAUUCAAACCUAACACUAAAACGUCCAGACAUUUUGAAACAGCUGGUUUGAGAUCUGAAGAAAAGAACUCCAGAACAACGCCAAACGAGUUAAGUCAUGAUUACAAGCUCACUCAGGUGUACAAGCCUGAUCAGACGUUAGAGACUCCUCAGUUGUUAACUGGGAAAUCAUCUCCAACUGUACCGUGGACUCAUCAAACUACAUAUGCUCCUACGACACCCACUGGUACUGCUAGUUCUGUAGUACAAACAAUACGUCAUGUGAACACUGCUCAAAUACAAGAUGUACCAGAGAAAUUUGUUAGGCUCAAGGUUGAAAAUGGUGAUGACUCGAAAGAGGCAAAUUUUGAUGUUGAAAGUAAGCAUUAUGAGUAUGUCCUGCUCAAUAAAGAGUCUUUGUGGAGUAUGCUGAAAGAGGCAAUGGACGAGAAAUUUAUUAAAAAUGAUAUUAAAAAUAUUUUGAAAGAAGAAGAGAAGAGUAGAAGUUAAAAUUUUUCUCUUUGCUUUGAAAUCUGAGUUGGUUUUAGUUCGAAUAUGCUUCCUAGUUCAAAGCUAAUCUCCAGGUAUUUUUGUCAAAACUCAAACUGGUGCUUUUUCCAUAAUUUUUAUUCAAGUAAAAAAAGCUGGUUUCUAUUGGUGAAUGAUAUCAAGAUAAUUAAAGAUAUUCCUAAAAAUCAUAUAAGAUUAAUCAAAAUUUUUUUAGGAAAUACAAAAAUAAAUGAAUUAUAAAUAUAUAAACAGUUAUUAUUUACAUCAACAAAACUCACCUUCUUAACAGCACUUAGGGACAUAAAGGGUCAUUACUACCGCCCUACUGUUCAAAAUAUUUUAAUAAAGUUGCGAUGAGUUUUUUACGGGUAUUAAGAUAUCUUGUACACGUUGCACUAAAAGAGGUUCUAAAAAGAACAAUGUUCAACUGCAAUGUCUACUAGUAAACAUUUUUAAGCUUAAAGUAUCACAACACUAUUUAUUUAAACUAAAAACUCAUAAUAAAAACUAAAGUGUCAAAACGAAUGACAAUGUCAGGAAAUAAAUAAAUAAAUGCGUCAAUUUGACAUUUUUUACAGCAGAGCUACCACCUGAAUCCCCAGCGGGAAAUUUAAAUUUCACUUAGUCAACGCGGCGCCGAUUAUGUACAUGGUUGGCAACAAUUAAUUUAAAAAUCGCGCCGAAAACAGUUUCUGAGUAUUGGUUUGGAUCAGGUUUGGAUAAUCUAAAAUAUAUACAGGGUAUCCCACUUAAGAUGGAUACAAGCCAAUAUCUUGGUUGUUUGUUGAGCGAUCUUUUUCAUUUUUCGCAGGAGUCUGUAUGGUUAUAAGUCGUACAUUUUG